AUGGCCUACACGAGCCUCCUCGCUCAGCGGCGUAGAGCACCGCUCAAGACAACUGCACAGUCAAGCUCUACAGUCUCCUUUCGACCUGACUCCACGUAUUUGCUCGACAGAUUGAGAGCUCGAUCCUACCUCGGUGCAUACCGCGCAGCGAGAUUUGAGGACAACAAGAUCUACGAGGCAAAGAAGUUUUGGCGAGAGCUCGAUGACGAGGUCACCGAUGGCCAGAUUCGCGAAAUGACCGCCUCAACCGGCGGUGUGAAGAUCAUAUGGAACAAGAGAUUCACGGCUACUAUUGGCAGAGCCAGAUGCAAGCGUGGACGCUUUGGCAAUGAAGUCACCAUCGAGCUAUCCGACAAGCUUAUCGACGACGCAGAUCGCCUUUUCAACACCCUCGCCCACGAGUUCUGCCACGUUGCCAACAGACUGCUCGGUAACGACCCUCGCUCACACGGAUAUGGUUUCCNNAGGUCAUGGGCCAGAGAGUGCGAGGAGGCCUUUAGUGAUCUCGGCAUCAGGAUCACAACAACACACAGCUACAAGUCAAAGUAUGAAUUCAUCUGGACAUGUUGCGAAGAGACUUGUGGAAAGGAGAUCGGCUAUCACUCGAAGAGAAUCGAUCCGAAGAGGGACAGUUGCCGCCACUGCGGUGGUCUCUUGGUGCAGACAAACCCAGUGCCACGUUACCUCAAAUCCCGCCUCGAAUGGGAUGACGAUGAGUGA